AUCACUCAAUUGCUCAUCAUUUGAACAUGUAUAUUCCUCUCCAACUUAUUACACUACAAAUACAUAUGCACACCAAUAUUAAGACUCAAGCUUAGCUAUAAAACUAAAUCAUCGUCACAUCAAAAAGGGAGAGAUGGACAAGGCGAAGAAACAUAUGAUUCUAGUGUUAUUAAUGGCGGUGGCUGCGACGGCGAGCACGACGACGGAGCAGGAGGCGGACCGAGUGGCAGCGCUGCCGGGGCAGCCGGCGGUGAGCUUCGAGCAGUAUGCGGGAUACGUCACUGUCAACGAGAGCCAUGGAAGAGCUCUCUUUUAUUGGUUCCUCGAAGCCACGGAAAAUCCUCAAAACAAACCUCUCCUCUUGUUUCUUACCGGAGGUCCGGGAUGCUCGUCAAUUGCGUACGGACAGUCACAAGAGGUGGGACCUUUCUUUCCCCAAAAAGGGAAACCGGAGCUCAAGCUUAACGAUUAUUCGUGGAAUAAAGCUGCCAACUUACUAUUCAUAGACUCUCCGGUCGGUGUUGGUUUCUCGUAUACAAACACAAGCAGUGAUUUGAAAGACCAUAUUGGUGACACGAUUACCGCUCUGGAUUCAUACAAUUUUCUAUUGGGCUGGUUCCAAAGGUUUCCUCAAUUUAAAUCUCAUGAAUUCUACAUUGCUGGAGACAGUUAUGCUGGACACUACGUCCCUCAACUUGCUGAGUUAAUAAUAGAGAGAAACAACAUAACAUCGGACGACGAUCUUAUUAAUCUCAAAGGCAUUAUGAUCGGAAAUCCAGCAAUCGACUCUGAAACCGACCAAAGUGGCAGGAUCGACUACGCUUGGCAUCACGCCGUUAUAUCUGACGGACUAUACGAAGAAAUCAAGGAAAAAUGCAACUUUACACAGCAAAUUGUUUCGAACGAUUGCAACAGUUCGAUUCAAAAAUACAUCGAGGUUUAUAACAUCAUAGAUAUGUACAAUUUGUACAGUCCUACCUGCGUCGACAACAAUCAAACCGCCAUUUCUGAAUCUUACUCAUAUUUGAAGGGUGAUGCUUUGAAAUAUAUAUCUCACAGUCAGGGAAAGUCAUUGGCAUGGUACGAUCCAUGUGCUUUGAUUUAUAUUAAUAACUAUUUCAACAGGGCUGAUGUUCAACAAGCUCUUCAUGCCAAUGUCACGAAAAUUCCUUAUUCAUGGGCACCUUGCAGUGCAAAUCUCCAAUAUAGGAGCGAUGACGUUGCAUUCUCAACACUACCAAUUCUAAGAGGCAUCAUUGCAUCAAAUCUAAGAGUUUGGUUUUACAGUGGAGAUGUGGACGCCGUUAUUCCAGUAACGUCAACGAGAUAUACGUUGAGAAAGUUAAAACUGGAUAUUGAACAAGACUGGACACCUUGGUACACCGACAACCACCAGGUGGGAGGAUGGAGGGUGGAGUAUAAAGGGUUGACGUUUGUGACAGUGAGAGGAGCAGGGCACCUAGUUCCCAUAUUAAAGCCGAGGGAAGCGCUGCAAAUAUUUGAUCAUUUUCUCAAAAAUGAAAAACUUCCUUCGCUUCCAUUUUGAAUUCAAUUUCAUAUGGGAAAGAAGACUAGAAUUACAAUGAAGGAAGAUUUGUAUACAUAAUAAAUCUUCUAUGUAUAGUUAUGAUUGAAGCAUGUUGUGUAAUAAUCAAGAGAAUUCUACUAUAUUCAAUGAAGUACCAACUUAUGAA